GAUGCCAAGGCAGGGAGUAGUUCGGGCCUCCCAAAUAGAUGGAUUCCCGCUCAGACCUGCAACCGAGCACUCGUUCUCCUUCUUCGUCCCAAUCGCCGUCGGCGGCAGUACCGGUGCCGGAUAAGAGUUGGGGAGAGAAGGUAUCGGAGUCGGUGUUGUCAGUUUACAACUCUCUCCCAAAGAAAGGGAAGCCUCAGGGCCGCGAGGUCACCGUUUUGGCCGCCUUCCUCGUCUCCCCUCCUUCUCAAGAAUUGCAAGUGGUUGCACUGGGAACUGGGACUAAGUGUAUUGGGUGUUCACUUAUGAGUCCACGAGGUGACAUUGUGAACGAUUCCCAUGCUGAGAUUAUAGCACGGAGAGCUUUAUUGAGGUACUUCUAUGCAGAGAUUCACUGCCUGACAAACAUUAACAGUAAACUGCAACCUACUAAUGGCAGCGCACGGUCACAAGGUCACGAUGCCAAAAAUUCACUUUUUUGUUUGGACACAGAUGGCCUUUGUAAAAGUAAAUACAAAAUGAGAGCAGGUGGGGAUGCCUCAUGCAGUACUUUGAAAGAAAGGGGCUUGCAGUCUUCGAUGACUAAACUUGAUAGUUCAGAUGAACUUUUGGAGAAAAAUGGUGAUCUUUCAAACCUUUUUGGCAUGGUUCAGAGGAAGCCUGGUCGUGGCGAUACAACUCAAUCUGUAAGCUGCUCUGAUAAGAUUGCCCGAUGGAACGUUCUUGGAGUACAAGGAGCUUUACUUUCUUACUUUCUUCACCCAGUUUACCUUUCUUCCAUAACCGUGGGGCAAAUCUGUAGCACAUCUGAAAAUAUUCCUGUUGUGGAUCACUUGAGAAGAGCUUUAUAUGAGCGAAUCCUACCAUUAUCAGACAGAAUACUGAGUCCUUUUCAAGUGAACAAGCCACUAUUUUAUGAGGCUCCUAGACCACCAGUGGAGUUCCAGCAUUCUGAGACUGCUGUGACCACUUUAACAUGUGGGUAUUCGAUAUGCUGGAACAAGUCUGGAUUGCAUGAAGUAAUUCUUGGAACUACUGGCAGGAAGCAGGGAACCUCUGCAAAAGGAGCAAUGUACCCUUCUACUGAGUCAUCUUUAUGCAAGAAGCGAUUAUUGGAGUUGUUUUGGUCACUAAAGCAUGACUUGGCAGCUGACUGCUCAACAAAUAGGAUUUCUUAUAGAGAAAUCAAGGCCAUAAUAUUUUCAGCCCAUCAUCCCUCUCAAACCAAACUUCCAGAGCAGCUCUUAUCUCCGCUGAACUGCACUGCAUGGAACCGGACAGAAACAUGCCCCAGAGCCCAUCCAACGGCACACAAACCCCCCAAUCUCCACCCUUCAUCAAACAACACGUGCCCCAAUCACUUCCGUUGGAUCCACGAAGAUCUACGGCACUGGAGAGAUCGGGGAAUCACGCGGGAGAUGGUGGAGGGUGCACGUAGGUUCGCCCACUUCAGACUGAUCAUCGUCGACGGUAAGGCCUACGUCGAGAAGUUCAGGAAGUCGAUCCAGACCAGAGAUUUGUUUACCCUGUGGGGGAUCACACAGUUGCUACGAUGGUACCCUGGAAGAUUGCCUGAUCUGGAGCUGAUGUUCGACUGUGACGAUCGGCCGGUCGUCCGAGCAAGGGACUAUCGUGCCCCGAAUUCCGCCCCGCCGCCGCUGUUCCGUUACUGUUCGGAUUGGGGAAGUUUGGACAUUGUCUUCCCAGAUUGGUCGUUUUGGGGCUGGGCUGAGACUAAUAUAAAGCCAUGGAAACAUUUGUUAAAGGACAUAAAAGAAGGCAACAAGAGGAUCAAAUGGGAGGAUAGGGUGCCCUUAGCUUACUGGAGAGGGAACCCUAAUGUGUAUAAUGGCAGGCAGGAUCUUAUGAGGUGUAAUGUUUCAGAUAAGCAAGACUGGAACACUCUUCUAUAUGUUCAAAAUUGGGAAGCAGAGGCCUUGCGAGGCUACAAGCAGUCAAAUCUAGGAGAUCAAUGUACCCACAGGUACAAGAUAUACAUAGAAGGAUGGGCGUGGUCUGUGAGUGAAAAAUAUAUUUUAGCAUGCAACUCCCCAACCUUGUAUAUUACACCGCGGUACUAUGAUUUCUUCAUAAGAGGAAUGGUACCAUUGCAACACUACUGGCCUAUCAGAGACAACAAGAAGUGCAAAUCUCUCAAGUUUGCUGUUGAGUGGGGCAACAGUCACCCUUUAAAGGCUAAGGCAAUUGGGGAAGCAUCAGGCAACUAUAUCCAAGAGGAUUUGAAGAUGGAGUAUGUGUAUGAUUACAUGUUUCACCUGUUGAAUGAGUAUGCAAAGCUGUUGAAGUUCAAGCCAUCUGUUCCUCCGCAAGCAGUGGAACUCUGCCCGGAGGCAAUGGUGUGCGCAGCCGAUGGUGUGUGGAAGAAGUUCAUGAUGGAGUCAUUGGAGGAGUCUCCCAGUAAUACAGAUCCAUGCACUUUGCCUCCACCCUAUGAUUCUGCAGCUCUCAAAGUUCUCUUUGAUGAGAAGGUUAAGUCAACAAGGCAAGUGGAGAUAUGGGAAAAUGAAUAUUGGGAAAAACAAGAUAUGAAGCAGUAAAUUUAAAGCUUCUUCGUGUAUUUCUGCUAAUUAAUUUGUAAGUUAGCAGCUACCUGCUGGUUGAAUGUUCUUUGUGUAUUUCUGCUAAUUAAUCUGAUUCUUUCUAUGACUAUACUUCUCUGUUGCACCUCUCCCAAGAUAUAUAUUAAUUAAUCCCUUCAUAAAUGCUUCUUUUUUGAAGGAAAAGGUGAGGGAAAUAUGUCAUUUCAAUAUUUCAUUGUACUGAUUAUCAUGUUUACUUACAUUGUCUCCGAAAGAAUAUUUUGUUGCUUCAUUCAGUGAUUCCAAUUGAUCAGGAAUGGAGAUUAGGAAAAGACAACAUUUAUACUCUGAACUUUUCAGCUCCCAAUAAUAUGCUAACUAUCUAGAACUGGUGAAAAGGCAUAAUCUUUUCUAGGCAUAAUCUUUUCUUAGCAAUAAUAAGUUUGAACAUUACAAGCUAACUAAUUUGUUGUCCAUUUGUUUAUCUACAUGGUGAGUAGGUGAACAUGUAGAGUUAUUUUUUUUCUUUUUCUUUGUUGGUUGCGGCUAAAUUAUCUGUUUUGAUCUGAGGAUUAUGACAUGUCCCCUAUCUUUAUUUGGAAGAGAAAUUUGUGUCUCUGUUUUUCUACAAAAGAUGGUUAAAGCUCCCAAAUCGCAAAUCAACCUAUGGCAAAAGACAAUACACAUCUUGCAGGCUCUUAGUUCAGAAAACUCAACAAAAAAACCACAAAUAAGACUGAAUUGAUCUCUUUUCAUUGAUUGAAACUGAUAUUUAUACAACGGAAAAAUAACUAACAUGGAGAAACUCUAUCCUAAUUCAAAAUCUAACCGAAAAAAUAACAUAUAAUCUGAUCUGAUCAUUUACUGACUUGAUCAAACCCAACCAAAUCAUAUCUUGAUA